UUCAUAUGUUAAACCACCGUACUUUGUGUAAAAGUUACUGAAGUUAAGUAACCAUCUAAUGAGAACCUGGACAGGAAAGACAAUUGGGUUUCAGGAGAUAAAUCCACCUUUGCGUGACUUAGCCGCGCCAGCUUAUCGAAUACGAAAACAAGACGAUGGCGACAACAUGGUUUUCACAAGGAAGAGAUGGCUAUGGCAAGUCCUGAUAAGUUUAGCAAAGAACAAUUGAACUACUUUCGSAUUUGUCACGUGACAGCUCACGUGACUGAUGGCCUUCGUAAAGUGUUCAAACAAGAAUGGGAUGCUCGCUAUAARACAUCGCAUGGUGAAUGGAAUGACACUGCAAAAAAUGGAAUUGAUUUCUACAGCCUGACACCACCAAAAGAGCAAAAGWCGAAAGCAAAAGAACUUUCUAUCAUUAGAAAUGGCAACRCCAUGGAAUGGGACUGYACGUGUCUGUUUUAYGCAAUMCUUUACUCUAAGUGUAUUGGAAAGAAUAAGCUUGACCCAAAGGUAAAKAAAGCUGUUGAUGACCUGAGACAGUAUCGYAACAAMUUUGCCCACACACCUAAAUACAAAGUAACUGAUGCAGAUUUCCAGGCUUCAGUACAAGAUGUAAUUAGCGMUUUCCAUGAUUUGAACCUUGACACAAUUGACAUCCAAAAUAUGAAAUCCCAAACAAGUUUUCAUACUGAGGAGCUUGAGAAAAUCCAGGAACAGUUGGAUAAAGAGAAAAGACGUAACCAGGAGCCACAGACAUUUUGYGAUUUGCCACCUAAGCCAUCACAUGAAGUCAUCCCACGCUCAAGCGAAGUAGACACAAUAACGAAAGAGAUGAAAACGUUACAAAGCCUUCAUCCAAACGAGGUGACACAUGUCUACUUGUCAGGAAAUCCAGGCUGUGGAAAAAGUGAAACAGCAAGACAAAUUGGCGAAAAUGUCUUUGAAAAAAAUAGGAGUGCUUCGUCACCGACAUUUGUUGCUACACUUAAUGCAUCAAGCAUGGACGCAGUACUAAGUUCGUACAUUAAAUUCGCCCGUCAACUGAGAUUAGACGAAGAUUACAUCCAAUAUAUUGAAAAGUCAAAACCCGAUACAAAACCAGAAGAAACAAUUUUGCAAGUGAUUGGACCUGUUAACAAGAAAUUGGAAUCGUUCUCCUCGUGGUUAAUGAUAGUGGAUAACGUGGUUGAUCUUAAGAAGUCUUCCCAUUUUUUCCCGCGUUUAGGGCAAAAUUUACGAGGAAGAGGGCAAAUCUUGAUCACCACACAAGAUGGUCAAUCUAUUCCUCUAGCAAGUCCUAAAAUCUACCACAAAUCUCUAAGUAAAGGUAUGAAACCUGACGAUGCUGUAAAUGCUUUAUAUACAAUCUCACAUCAGAAAGAGGAUCCUGAAUACAUUGCGCUUCAACUUGCAAGAGAACUAGAUUUUCAACCACUCGCUCUUGUCUGUACUGCAGUCUACAUGAAUUUAGUCAGUCAACAUAACUCCACCUAUACCUGGUCCAAAUGUCUUACAAAGAUCCAAGAAGGAAAACUGCAACAAACUGAAAAACCAUACCUCGAAACAAGCGGUCAUGUCUAUCUACAAACCAUGACAACAGCUGUGAGGAUUGCAUUAGACAGAGUGGUCAAAGAAGACAAGAUCAUGAUGCUUACGUUUGAAUAUUUAUCAGUUCUUGCUCAGGAUCCAAUACCAAUAAAGUACGUUGUUCAAUAUGUUCAGCUGUUUAUGCCUGAUGAACUCGAAGAGUUGAUAGAAGCUCACAUUGCUCGCUCUUCUCUUGUUCUCUGUUCUGAUGAUAGUCAGGAUGUCCGUGUACAUCAGAUUGUACACAGGAUAYUACAAGAGACCUYAAGACCUAYAUUUGAAGGSGAYUGCGUUAGGUUGUCAAARGUAAUCAKAUCUUUUUCUCACCUMAAUUKGAGUGACAAUUUGAGUGAUGACGAAGCAAKAGAUAWCAAUUUUGUACRAGMUACAAGAUCUCUUACACCACACUUUACARCUCUAGUUGGAAUCSUCCAAUCWAAUCUGCAGCUCUUUCAAACGUCAAAGGYCUUGAAUGAAAGUACCAGGCUUGCUGUAGCAAAAUGUCUAUCGCGUUCUAUUGGUGAAGCAUGUGUUCUAAAUGGUGAAUUAAUGUCUUCAAGAUCUUGCUUUGAAAUCUCUUUGGCUUUAUAUGAUAACAAUUCAAGCGAAGCAGCGAAUAUUCCAAUACUACAAAAUAGACUUGGAGAAAUUCUUUACUACCUUCAAGAACAUUCUGAAGCAAAAUUAUAUUUUCAACAAGCACUGAUAAGAUUUCGUUGUUCAUCCAAUGACAACGAUGAGAUAGAGUGCAGUUAUUACUUGAGAGCAGUUACAAAUCUAGCACUAGUUCUUUCUACACUAGAGGAAUUAAGAGAAGCUGAAAGAUUC